AUGGGCACAGAUCUCCUCAACCACGAGAAGACAUGCCCUAGAUGUACUCAGGUCAAGGCAACGGUACCUCGAGCCCCCUUAGGAGUUAUGCCUAUCGGCAAACCCUGGGACUUAAUUGCUAUCGACCACUUGAAGGUGCCCCCCAAUGACGAUAAUAUUCGUUCACUAUUGGUUGUCCAAGAUUACUUCACACGGUGGGCUACGGCCAUACCG